AUGACCGUGGAUUCUGCGGUGACUAUUAUACCUAUUCUCCAACAAAAAUGUGACACUUUAAAAAGCAAGAUAGCAGAUUUCACUUUGGUUAAUCAGGCCUUACAAUUGAAAACUUAUCAACUAUUAAAUUUCAUCAAUCGUCACGAAGAUUUUUCUGGUUUAAUUACAAAAGAAUACGAUGAGGUUUCUAACGACAUUAAUAUUGUUCAAUCGGCCAUAGAUAGGUAUACAUGUGAACUGGAAGAUUGGAAAUCGAAACUUGAUCAGUAUAUGAUGAUGGUGACAACUGUGGUGUUAAAUAACAGUACUAGUAGUACAAAUAACGGUAGUAAUGUUAAUAAUCUUAAUAAUAAUAACAAUGGGGAUGACAGUAUCAAUUUGACAUUUGGGUCAACUAAAUUACCUAUUGUUGCGUCAUCUCAAUCUCCGUCUCUUCCAUCCGUGUUGUUAUCGUCCACCAACUCCCCAGUUCAACUAGAUAAUUCAUCUUUGGGAACUCUACAAAGUGUUAAUAAUAAAUUGUCUGAGUUUAAAUCAUCUCACCCAACAACAACAACAAAAUUACGUUUACGUGCACACUUCCCAAACAGUCAAUUUACAUUAGUUGAAAUUAAAUCUGGACAACAAAUCAAGCAUGCUUUAGAAAAGAAAUUAUCACAUCGUGGUCUACACUUAGAACAGUUAAUUGUUUACCGAUCACGUACAGGUCUACCAGUUUCAUGGGAAGAUGACGCUGAACAAAUUGCUUUAAUUGGUGAAGAAUUAAUAAAAGACAUUUUUGAAAAGGCUUAUUGUAAUCUAUGCCAUAAGUCUAUAUUCCAUGGUGCUAUAUGUAAAGCCUGUGGUUGCGCCUAUCAUAAUCGUUGUCUUCCGCGUGUCGAUAAGAAUUGUUUGUCUAAUUUAGAUGAUGAUGUUUUCUAUGCUGGUGAUCAACUAAGCAGUCGAAACUCUUUGGGUACUUCUAAUUCAUCUAUACACGGAUCAAAUUGGUUAGUUUCUUCAAAUGCAACACCAGGCUAUACACAUUUCUAUCAUUUUAAUCCUGAAGACCUAACAACAGUUCGUGUAUUGACUAAUUCUACUGGAGGUGGUUUCGAUAGUAAUAAUCUUCUAUUGAAUAGUCAAUAUCUUCCAACAUCUUUCGGAAGUGGAGGUGGACAUUUUCCUCGUCAGUGUUUGUCACUAACCUGUAGAGAACGUUCAUCGUCAACACCGAAUGUAUCGAAUAAUUUAAUUCCACCAAAUCAACAGAAAAGUUUAUUCACUCCCAGUUCACUUGGAAAGCGAGAGGCAAAUAAAAUUAUUCAAGGAUCGCCUUUACACAUUGUAUAUCCGGUUACAAAUUAUAAUUAUACAACUGGUAAUGGAUUACCAGAAAGUCCAUCAAUUCCCAAUGAUGGUUGUUUUCUAUCAAAUUUAUCUAUACCAUAUAAUCAAAGAUCUGGCAGUGAUCCAAAACAAUCUAUCAAAGUAAAAAAUAGACGUGGUUCAAAUGAUGAAUGGGAGAUAAAUGGACAAGAAAUUACUAAAGGUCCAAGAAUCGGUUCUGGAUCAUUUGGUACUGUAUUUAAAGGUUAUUGGCAUGGAAAUGUUGCAAUUAAAGAAUUGAAUGUUGUUGAUCCUACACCACAACAAUUGAAAGCUUUCAAAAAUGAAGUCAGUGUAUUGAGAAAGACACGACAUGAAAAUAUUCUUUUAUUCAUGGGUUGUGUCUCUAAACCAUGUAUAGCUAUCAUCACUCAAUGGUGUGAAGGGUCCAGUUUGUAUAAACAUCUUCAUGUGUUAGAGCAUCGUUUUGAUGUUCCAGAACUAGUCGAUAUUGCCAAGCAAACAUCACAGGGAAUGGAUUAUUUACAUGCUAAGAAUAUAAUACAUCGUGACUUAAAGUCAAGUAAUAUAUUCUUACAUGAUCGUACUGUGAAAAUUGGCGAUUUUGGUUUGGCCACAGUAAAAAGUCGUUGGUGGAAUACUGGGUGUCAACAACCAACUGGAUCUAUAUUUUGGAUGGCUCCUGAGGUUAUUCGUAUGGAAGGUGAAACACCAUAUACUAAUCUUUCAGAUGUAUACGCAUAUGGUGUAGUGAUUUAUGAAUUGAUUACUGGUCAACUACCUUAUUCUCAUUAUAAUAAUCGUGAUCAAAUUUUAUUUCUUGUUGGUCGAGGUUUAUUAAAACCUGAUCUAACUGUAUGUCGUGCAGAUAUUCCUCAUCAAUUACAACGUUUAUCAUUAGAUUGUUGCAGUUUUCAACGUGAAAAUCGACCACCAUUCUCUCAGAUUUAUCCAUGUUUAGAUUCAUUAUAUCGUUCAUUACCAAAAUUACAUAAAUGUUCAUCAGAACCAAAUAUUAAUGGUAUUGUAUCACGUGGUAAUGUAGCAAUUGGAUCUUCGAACAAUGAACGUUUAGGUAUGGAUGAAUUUAAUGAUAAACGUAUUAUUUCUAAUAAAUCUGCUACAGUUACAACUAAUUAUUUAAGUUUAUCACCAAAAACACCAUUUAAUAAUAAUAAUAAUAGUAAUAAUAACAAUAAUGGUAAUACAAUAUCAUCAUCAAUUACAAAUGAAUUGUUUUUUACAAAUCGUAACUUAACCGAUAAUACUACUACUACUACUACUACUACUACUACUACUACUACUACUACUACUACUACUACUACUGCUAUGACAUCAAAUUCAUCAAAUAAUUUAGAUAAACAAUUUACAAAUACAACAAUAAGCAAUGACCAUUUAUCAUCACCUCCUCCUCCACUUCAUCCUUCUGAUAAUAAUAAUAAUAUAAUGAUACAGAAGAACAUGUUGAUCGUACACCACCAUCAUCAUCAUCAUCAUCAUCAUCAUCUAUCAUACAUGAUACAUCCUCUAAUACUUCUUCACCUCCAUCACCAUCAUCAAUUGUAA